GCGAUCUACAGCACAUGCCGCGUGGGCGCGACCGCAGACCGCCGCCCAGUGCCGAUCUGUCGGAUGGGAGCGGUGGCUCGACUUCAGCACUUUCAACCAAUGCUACGACAUGCAGCGCCACGCAGCCAGCCAAGAGGCUGAGCCACCUCGACCAGCGAGUCUCAGAGACACCAGUUGCUACCUGACCCACUCGCAGCUGCAGAACAGGACACCCAACACUAGAGCUUGGGCUAUUGCACGCGUAGGCUUGGACGACGACGGCUUCAGUUACAUGGGGCGCCUGGUUGGAAAGUUCAGCAACUCCAUCCCCGAGGACCUUGGCAAACCCACGUCCAGCACAAUCGUCGAGCUUGCGGGUGUGCUUUGGGCCCUCGUAGCAGCCCUCUCUUUCUCGGAUGGCAGGCCGCGUGCAUUCAUCGGCGACGGUGCUCCUGCCCCCGGCGCAGCCGACGGGCUCAAUGUGAUCAGGUCGCACCGCGGCCCCCCCCGCGUUACUGCUAUUUUGGCCGACGAGACCAGACAUGGGAUCAGCGCCAGUUUCGAGCGCGUCAAGGGUCGUUCGGGCGGCCCCUGGAACGAGGCAGCCGACAUGCUUUCUAAGAUGGCCAGCGUGCAGACAUCCAGGUGCCACCACUUCAACAACCUCUGCGGCUACCUGCACUGCGACGUGGGGUUGGAAUGGGAGUGGGUUGCCAGCGCGAACGCGGAGACCGCCCUCUGCCUAUCCCCGACAGCAGCCAAAUUUGAAUUGAAGAUGGGCGCCUGCCAAUUCAAUGCGCAGUCCAUGGUUGACGACCUGCUCAAGCCGACCGCAGGAAGGAAGUGCUCAGCUAAGGGUACCUUUGUCAGGAAGCAGCUGGGCGUCAGAGGGAUGCACAUCGCGGGUGUCCACGGGGCCAUAGGAUCAGCUCGAGCAUGGAAUGCGGGCGGCUACUGCACUGUCGCCAGCCAGGCGAUCAAAGGCAACCUGGUUUGCGCAUUAUUGCUGGACACGAACGUUCCCUGCGUCACAUGCAAGCACACGGAGUUCUGCUUCCAGCGCAAGCGCGUCAAAGUUCUUAUUCAGCGCCCGCAGUUGCCCAUUGCCAGAGUAGCGGCGCCCUUCUUUGACGAGGAGAGCGGGGCGCGCAUCCAUUGGCUUGCGCACCACAGACAUCUGUUCGCGGCCAACACUCUACUUGGCCCAAAAGAGGACAAACAAUACACCUGGAAGGCGCACAACGGAGCGCCGCGUAAAAUAGACAACAUCAUGGUAAAGGAGCACAUCUACAAGCGGAUGACCAUCAUUGGUGUGGAUCACACGUUCGACAUCACAGGCAAGCGCAAGGACCACGCGCCAGUCGCCAGUCCUGGCCUACCUCAAAGCACGGACGUCAACCAGCACUACCAUGACAUGCAGAUGGACGUACAUGCAUGCAUUGUUGAGCACUUUGGGCAGGACAAGUUCACGCCGUGCAAGCACACCCUGGGCCGCAACUCCAUGCGCCAGGUCAGGGUCAGGCGCUUCCUCGACGACGCUUUAGAUUUAUUCAAGGCAUUUCUUGCAGCGGCCAGGAACGGUGCGAUGGAAGACCUGGCCAACCAACUCAUGCGCACCAAGAACGACAACCACCCUACUGAGCACUGGAAGAUCGCGAAGCGCAUCCUGGUAUUAGGUGGCAGGCCGGGCACGUGGACGGCCAUGCGCCCUGAGCGUGAGGACAGUGGGGACAACAGCAUCAAUGCUGAGCAGCAAUGGUGCGAAGAACGCCUCACAUAUUUUGCUAGUGUGGAGCAGGCCAGGGCACGGCCGCCCGAGGACCCCAUCAAGCGCUACAACAACACAGCCCAGUUGAUCAACCCACCAGGAUCUUUCCCAGCCCACCAACUUCAAUCCAAACACAACCCUCAGUGCAGCUUCCAGAAGGCCAAGCUUAGGGGAGCCAGCGGGCCAGACGGCAUCCCCAACGACGCCCUCGAAGCCCGCGCCAGAUCCAUGGCCAGGAUCUGGCUUCCCGCGCUCCCGAAGGCGCACCUGCUGGGCCAAGAGCUGCUCCAGUUCAAGAUUGGCACAGCCGUUGAGCUGCAUGAGUCAGGAUUUGCCCAGCCCGUCGCCAACCUCCGCAGCAUCCUGAUCAACAGCAACAUCGCCAAUCACCACCGCGCCUAUCUGCGCAGGCUCGCAAUAGACAGCCACCUCGACCUCAUGAGGGCCACGCAGUACGGGGGCGCCCCGAGGAGGAGCACGGCCAUGACGACCCACUCCAUCAAGGCAUUCUUGCUGGUCAGCAGGCAGACGGACAUGUUCAGCAUCGUGCCCAUGACUGACCUUAAG